AUGGCUUCCGGUAGUAAUACUUCCAAGUUUGAUGAUCAGCAGCAGCAUAAUGCAACAAAGAAGCAGCCAAGAAAAAGCAAAAUGCACUGGGGACGAUUUGGGGAGUGGCGAAACCCAAACGCGCGCCCUUUUUAUGCCAUCGAAUACGCUCAUAUUGAAAUGGUGGUCAUCAACCCUGUGAGAACAUCUCUCACUGGCAACUUCAGCUUUGUGAUGAGGGCCUAUAAUCCCAACAAAAAUUCCACCAUUUACUAUGAAUCCAUGAAGAUUUAUAACACUACUGACAGUAGAAAUGAAACUGCUAGUCCUGUUAGGCUAGUAGAGAAUUUCACUCAACCACCUUUCAAUGUGACUCGGAUUCAUUUCUUUGUUUUGGCAACAUUCUCCUCCGACGAUGGUGCUGACAUCCUAAACGAGUACCUACUGCAAGGCAGAAUCACAGCAAACAUUUCGGUCAAGGCUGCCAUGAGGUUUAGGUAUGGAAGCUGGAUAUCUACGCCUCACGCUAUUGGGAUUUAUUGUCAACCUGCGGCUGUAUUGCUGAAAAGAAAUUUUCAGACCACUGGUUGCUAUGUUGAUCUUUAA